GUUGAGUUUUUAAAUGACAUUUACAUUUUUCAACUGAAGUAAAGUUUUUUUUAUUCAAUACCUAUAUUUUGCAUGAUGUGUCUUCUUUCUUUUGAGUACCAAACUAAGAGCAUUCAUUAUAUAAGUACUAAAAGUGUAAAUUAUUAUGUUAAGAAAAAAAUUUCUAAAAUUAUUUCACCUGGUAAAAUUAUAUAUAUUUUUUAAUCUAAAGUGAUUAUAAUGAACAUAUGAACUUUUGAAAUUCAAAAUAAAAUGUAGUGGGGAAAAUUUCUUUUAUAUAUUUUUAAAUUAUGAACUCUUUUGGACAUCAAAAAUCAAAGGUUUUUUCAAGAUAACUAUGAGAGGAGAAGUUAUUUCAAUCCACAAUGGCCAGGCAGGGGUUGAGAUGGGCAACGCCUGCUGGGAACUCUACUGUCUGGAGCAGAACGUCUCUCCGACAGGCGAGGUAAAGGAUGACAGCCAAGGAAAUCUGGACUCCUUCUUUUCAGAACUCGAAUCUGGCAAGCGGGUUCCAAGGGCUGUCUUCGUGGAUCUCGAGCCAACUGUGAUUGACCAAAUUAGGACUGGAAAAUUCAAAUCUUUAUUCAGACCAGAGAAUUUACUCAACGGAAUUGAGGAUGCUGCUAACAAUUUUGCGAGAGGAAGAUAUACGGUGGGUCUACCCACUGGAAGGAGGGCGCUGGAAAUCCUAAGAAAGUUGGCUGAAUCUGCAGAUCAGCUUCAAGGUUUCUUCACGUUUCACUCGUACGGAGGCGGCACUGGUUCUGGCUUAUCCACCCUCAUCUCCUCAGACCUGUCAAUAGAUUACCCAAAGAAAAGUUUUCUUGAAAUUGCAAUUUUCCCAUCACAUAAGCUAUCGACUGCAGUAGUGGAACCCUACAAUGCUGUCCUCUCUACGAAGGAAACACUAGAUGAUGCUGACUGCGUAUUCCUGGCUGAUAAUGAAGCAAUGUCUAAUAUUUGCAAAUGGAAGCUGUCAGUGGACCACCCAAUGUACUCUCACCUGAACCGGCUUGUCGCUCAAACAGUUAGCGCCAUCACGACUAGCCUCAGGUUUGAGGGAGAUCUUAAUGCUGACUUUGUCGACUUCCAGACCAACCUUGUACCAUAUCCAAGGAUACACUUUCCCAUUGUCGGUCUUGCUCCUAUCGUCAACUUGCGCAAGUCAUUCCAUGAGACCUUCUCGGUUCAGAACAUCACAAGCCAGUGCUUCGAUUCUUCCAGCCGCCUGGCCAUGUGCGAUCUCCAAAGUGGUCUCUACAUGGCUUGUUGUCUUCUUUAUAGAGGAGAUGUUGCUCCUAAAGAUGUCAACAGCGCCAUCAGGUAUCUGAAGGACACAAGAAUGAUAAAUUUCGUUAGAUGGUCGCCUACAGGGUUCAAAGUCGGCAUUAAUUUCCAGAAUCCCAUUUCUGCUCCAGAACUGGAACUGGCCACAGGCCCUCGAUCAGUGGUAUCCCUUUCGAACAACACAGCUGUUGGUGAAAUGUGGCUUUCUUUGUUGAGAAAGCAUCAAUUAAUGGCAGACAAGAAGGCUUUCUUCCACUGGUACCUGAAGGAAGGUUUGGAGGUACGAGAUUUUGAUGAAGCUUCUUCAACCGUGGAAACUUUGGCUGCUGAUUAUGCUAGUAUGGAUAUUGAUAAUGUUGCUUUUUAUUAAAAGAAAUAAAUGUGUGAACUACACCAUGAUUCUGUCUA